UUACCCCUGGACUAUCCUGUCCCACCUGUCUAGGAGCGUCUCAGCCUUAACCGUGUGGGAGUCCAUUCAGGCCCCAGCCCUGAGCGUGGGAAAAGCUCUAAACCGGAGUGGAGAUUAUAGUUAAGGUUUCCUGCAGCUCUACCGAGAUGGGACAAAAGGGGUUUUUAGGUACAGGCUGGCCAGAGAGGGUGUCUGGCCACUGCCAGGCUUCUAGCCUAGUGCUCCGCUGUGCAGGUGGGUGUCACCCUCCUUCCCAGUGCUGGGAGGCUGGGGGUUGUAACGUGGCCUCUGCUGACCGGGCAGCAGGGGUACGUUUCCCGUGUUCCUCUGAUCUAGAGAGAAGACAGACCUGGGCUGGUGUCCCAGCCUCUCCUGAAGGGAUGUGCUGUCUGGUUUCCUCAUUCUAGAGGGACUGAUGUAGAGUGACCCCACAAACCAUCACUUGGGGGGCACUCACACAACCUUCCCACCUGACAUAGCCCCGAGCUUCUCCAGGGUCUGUGUGAGAGGUGAGAGGCCAUAUGGGAGUGUCUUUGUGAAAAGUCUCACCUUAGGACAUGAUCCAGGCAGGAAGUUGAGACUUACAGGGAGUUAGUGUCCUGACCAGGGGUGCCGAGCACAGGAUGUUUCCAGAAGGUGUAACGGGAAGAGCAAGAGGUACUUAGUGUCCCCUUUCUCUGAAGAGCAGGCCAGGGGUGCCUGGAACCAGCUGCGCCAGUCAGCUUGGCCUUGCUGCCUGGCGGGUCAUGGCCUUACGGUGAGCGAGGAGACGCUGCCUGCUGACCCUGUAUGCACAGCGGCCCUUUGUGCCCACGAAAGAUGGUGCCAGGGGAGGGGCCUCUGCUCCUUACUCUGGGCACCCGUCUCCACCAUAGCCAGCCUGGGAGCUUCUGCCAUCCCUGUGGUGUGGUGGACCCCCCAGCCCCGCCCCACCCCACCCCACCCGCAGGUCCUGCUCCCAGGCUCCCGCUGUGGGCCUGUGCCAGAGCCGAGCACUCGAGUCUCCUCUGCGUGCUGUAUGAGAAGGGCUCUCUGGCCUCCGGGUCUGCAAAACCUUUUUUAAAGUGGAGCUGUGAUUCCCAGUCCAUAUAGUUCACUCUUAACAGAAGACAAUGCAGCGGGUUUUAGUACAUUCACAAAGUUGUACAACCAUUACUCCUGUAGUUCCAGAACAUUUUUAUCACCCCCAAAACAAAGCCUUGUGCCUGUUAAUAGUCCCUCCUCAUUCCUCACCCCAGCCCUACAAACCCACUUUUUGUGCAUUUUGUCUUAAACUGCUUUAUAGACGUGAUUCACACCACACAAUUUUUAAAAGCAUAACUGGUCUUUAGUACGUUCUGGUACAGUUAUUACCUCAAUUUUAUUUUUUACAUGUUUAUUUUUCCUUAGAAGAACCGGGGUGUAGGCCAGAGGUGUGGGAGUGGGGGUAGGGGAUCAGCAGUGUAGGCUGUACCAUGGUCAAUUUUAGAGCAUUUUUAUUGCGCGCACCCCCCCAACUCCAGCCUCUGCCUAUCACUGCCCUCUCCCCUGUCCCUCACAACUAACUGCUCAUCUUCCUUUUGUGUCUCCCUGCUUUCUUCAAGUGCCAGGCAAGGCAGGUGUGCAUGGGGUGACCUGGCACAGAAGUGCUGGCGCAUGUCUCAGGUUCUCUGCCUCCCUCUCUGUGGCUUUGUGUUUGAAGUCUGGUCGGGAUGUGGGUUUCUUUUGCUGCUGCACAAGUGGACUCAGUGUUAACAUUAGCCAGCACGGAGUGUAACAGAAAAGUGACUCCAGAAGGUUCCACAGUAACCUGAGGCCCUGGGACAGUCAGGACCCCUGUCCUGGUGAAAAUAGCACAAGUUCCUCCGGUGGCUUCACCCAGCAGGCCAGGUGCUCGCAUGGGCUGCUGUGCCCCCAGACACACAUCCUGGAAGAAACGGUUUCCUUCUGGCUGAGGGGUUCCCUUUUUCUGCCCUAUGUGGGACAUCUGGAGGGGCAGGCACGCGAUCGCUCAAAUUAGGGGCUUGUUCCAGAGGCUGUCAGGAGGUCAAAAAUCCAAUCCCCGGCCACUGUCAGACUGAGGAGCUGUUUGCCAGAGGGGACUGUUGAUUGGCUUGUAGCCCCAGAAGGCUUGGGGCCUGCUACCCACGACGCCAGCGCUCAGCGGGGCCGCAGUCCACACGCCACAGCGUCCACCUGCCUCUGCGUGCACGUUGGUGCUUUGUAGCCCAAGUGGGAAGAAGUUCCGGAGCAAGCCGCAGCUGGCACGGUACCUGGGGGGCUCCAUGGACCUGAGCACCUUUGACUUCCGCACCGGCAAGAUGCUGAUGAGCAAGGUGAACAAGAGCCGGCAGCGGGUGCGCUACGACUCCUCCAACCAGCUGAAGGGCAAGCCCGACCUCAACACGGCCCUCCCUGUAAGGCAGACGGCGUCCAUCUUCAAGCAGCCAGUGACCAAGAUCACCAAUCACCCCAGCAAUAAGGUGAAGAGUGACCCCCAGAAGGCUGUGGAGCAGCCUCGGCAGCUCUUCUGGGAGAAGAAGCUCAGCGGCCUGAAUGCCUUUGACAUCGCGGAGGAGCUGGUGAAGACCAUGGACCUCCCCAAGGGCCUGCAAGGGGUGGGCCCCGGCUGCACAGACGAGACGCUGCUGUCCGCCAUCGCCAGCGCCCUGCACACCAGCACCAUGCCCAUCACUGGGCAGCUGUCGGCGGCCGUGGAGAAGAACCCCGGGGUGUGGCUCAACACCACUCAGCCGCUCUGCAAGGCCUUCAUGGUGACUGACGAGGACAUCAGGAAGCAGGAGGAGCUGGUGCAACAGGUCCGCAAACGACUGGAGGAGGCGCUGAUGGCUGACAUGCUGGCUCACGUGGAGGAGCUGGCUCGGGAUGGCGAGGCGCCCCUGGACAAGGCAGGCGUGGAGGAGGAAGAGGAGGAAGAGGAGGAGGAGGAAGAGGAGGAGGAGGAGGAGCCAGACCAGGACCAGGAGAUGGAGCAUGUCUAGAGCAGGUGCCGCCACGGCUGGUGCCAGGUGCUGACCACCAGGUGUGACCUCAAGUCCUCGGCUCUGCUCCCUGGCGGCACCCCCUGAGGGCCUCCUGCCUCCCUGGAUGGGCCUGGGGACAGCCACCCAGCACUAAUUGUUCCCCCACUGUCUUUCCAGAGGCCCUGCCCCCCAGCGUGGCCUCUGUAGACUUGGCCCUUGCCUCGCUCAGGACCAGGUUCAGGGCUGGGCCAGCUGGGAGGAAGGAUCCUCCUGGCCCUUCCCAGGUGUGCUCCCUCCUCGGCCCCGGAGCACGACUGGAGGACGGCCUCCACCCGGCGGGCCCCGUGCUUACUCUCCACUCAAGGGCUGGGUUUCUGAAGUGCCAUGGUUCCUCGGCUGCGCCUGCAGGAAGCCCACCUCAGGCAGAUGCGCCACGCUGGACUCGGGCCCCUGAGCUUGAGCCUCGCCUCGGCCUGUGGCCAACAGCUGCCUCCUGAACUCAGACAGGAGCGCCACCUGCCAGGCUCCCUGCCAGGCUGGAGACAUAGGUUUGAAACAGUGUUGCCUCCUGGUCUGGGCAGCCUGAGAGAAUCUUCUGGGGCCAGCACCUCAGCCCUCUAGAGGGGGCACAGCCCCUGUGCCAGCCUGGCUGGGCAGGCCGAGACAGCCUGAAGACAGCCCGAAGCGCUGAAAACCAGUGGCACAGCCCAGACUUUUCAAACUUCAAUAAACCUGUGGUACAAACGGGGCUGGACGUUGGCAUCACUGCGGAGCCCUUGUGUUUGAUGCACGUGGAUGUGAACUCUGGCCUUUGCUUCCAAACGCCUCAGCCCGAGGGUCAGACUCUGGGACAGAGGAGGAAUGGCCACAGCCGAGGCGCAGGGUUCCAGACUCACCGGGUGCCUAUCCACUGCCAGGCUGGGCUCCGAGGCAGCUCCAGCUGCAGCCAACCUCUGUGCCUCGGUUUCCCCAUGUGACUGAGACAUCGACGUUCAGCUCCCAGGCUGUGCAUCUCUGGCUGAGCUCUCCCAGGAGCUGGAAGAGGGAGUCGGGGACAUGUUGCCUAAUCCUCCUGCAGCCCCGAGUGCCUUGGCCUAGAGGAGCUCCCACCGCCCUGUGGACAGGGGCCGCGCCCUCCCCCACCUCGGAUGGCCUGUUUCUCCUGCUCACUCCUUAAGCCCCGUCAGCCUGGAGACACCACCAUGGACCAGCAAAGCCCAGCGAGUGCCAGCCUCUCUGCCCUCACCAGCGGCCAUGACUGAGGGAACGUUCUGAAUCCUGGCCUGGGCUUUAGGUGGGGGUUCUGGGGCAGGGUUGAUGGUGGGGAGCCCCAAGGAGCUGUGGGGGGCAUCACCCACCCCCUCCAAGGACAUUUGCCUGAUGGCAGGCGGCCACUUCCUUCCCAAGUCAAAUCGAAGCACAAAUCUUCCAGAACACGGAGGCCGCCGCAUGCAAGGGCCCUGGGGCUGGGGCUGGGGCUAGGGCUGAGUGGCCUCCCAGGCGAAGAGCCCCACUCUGUUCGCGCCAAGGUGCUGUGGAAACACAAGGGGCUGUGGGUGGCCCGCGCUGGCCUGAGGUCAUGUUCUGGGAGUCCUGCAGCGGAGGGGUGUGGGCUCUGGAGUGAAUAAAGCCAUCUGGGUGGUGUGCUUGUCAUCGCUGUGAAGGCCUGAGCUCCUGUAUCGGUGCAGAAGCCCCACCAUCCCCAGAUUCAAGUGCCCUGGCCUCGUGUGCCAAGUUGUGCAUCACCACGGAAAGGGAGGCGGUAGGAUGGGCUGCACAUGCCCCAGUGUGGCCCUGGGAAGGGGCAGGAAGCCGAGGUGCAGCCCAGCUGAGGGUGUCUGGAAGACUUGUGCUCCCAGGCAUCGGCAGCACCUCAGCCCUGGGUCCUGCCCCCUGUCGAGCGGGCACCAGUAGACUUGAUGUCAGAUGUGCCCCCAGUCAUCCCCAAGAGAAGUGAGCCAGCACACCCCAGUUCUCUGGUGCAGGGGCUGUGCCAGGAGCGGCCCUACUGGUGUCCUGGGCUCUUCGGGCCUGGCACACAGCUGGCCCUGCUGCCCCUGGGGGGCUCCUGAGGGCCCUGUCUCCUUCAGACCCUGUGCCACCAGGGCCAUCACCCAUGAUGCCCCCUCUCCCACUGGCUAUGCUGACCUUGGCAAGCUUCUCCCAACCUGGAGGCUGGGAGGUGCUUCACCUGCAGCUGCCUGUUCAUGGCCUGCCCUGUGUGUGUGGGCUCCAGAGGAUUUGCCCAAGGCCCCAUCCCACAGCUGGUCGGGGCCCUUGCCUGGACCCCUCUACUACAUGGUCUCUCCCUUUCUCUUUCUUGUUCUCUCAUCCCUCGUGACGUUUUUCAAGGAGCCCUACCUGUGCAGAAUUGGCCCCAGCCCGCAGAGGGGAAAUUGAAGUGGAGUUAUUGCCCAGCCCGCUACACCAACUGGAAUGGGGUGGUCAGGCCUGGCUGACUCAGCUUGUGCAGCUGUCUUCCAGCCAGAGGCCCUGAGCAGCCAUUGACCUCAAGUUUGGACUCCUGGGUUCUGGCCCCUCCACGGUCUGCCCUAAGGGUGAAGUGCCCCAACUCACCAUCACCCUCUGCCCUCCCCGAAACCCAUCUGACUGGGCUGGUGCCACUUACAGGGUGGAGGAGUUCUCCCAGCAAGACCCCGCUGGCAAAGACUGUGCCACUCAGUUGCGGGUGCAGGGAGUUCUGGGGUCUGCAGCCCGCCUGUAGGGGUAGGGUUUCUAAACUGUCGGCUCAGGGGCAUCUACCAUGUGUCCCCACUGAGUGUCUGGCUGCCCCCAGCCCGUGGCAGGCAAAAGAGCUUCCAGAAUCACCUGCACCUCCUGGGGUGUCGGGGCUGCUGUGAUAGGGUCACUACACUACUCAGACUGAAGUUCAGGUGUCCAAUGUGGUCUCGGGGGCUAAACCUGGGUGGGGCAGGCUGCUCCUCCAAGGCUUUAGGGGGCCUGUUUUCUGCCUGUUGCAGCUUCUAGAGGCUCUACAUCCCCCUCCCCAAUCCUGGGCUCAGGCACUUCAUUCUCACAGCCAGUGUGUUCUCCCUCCACCCCUCCAAGGACUCUCCUGAUGACUCCCCGCUGCCCAGGAAUCCAAGAUUCUCUCCCUUCUUAGUCAAUCCUACCUGCAAGGUCCUUUAGCACGUGGGGUGACAGGUCCAGGGAUUAGGAUUUAGGCCUCAAGGGGGGACAUUAAUCAUCCAACCAUGUUAUGCUGGAGCUGGGAGUUGCCUCCUAUUAAGAUAGCUCCUUCCGGGCCUCCCCGGUGGCGCAGCGGUUGAGCGCUGGGUUGCGAAGCUGCCCGCGGCCUCUGUGGCG